CUAAUCGAGAAUUCUUUGGAUGCUGGAGCAACUAACAUUCAAAUAUUAAUCAAAGAAGGAGGACUCAAACUACUCCAAAUUCUCGAUAACGGACAUGGUAUUAGAGAUAUGGCUAUCGUGUGUGAACGUUUCACAACAAGUAAACUUAAGAAUUUUGAAGAUUUAUUACACAUAGGCACUUAUGGAUUUCGUGGUGAGGCUUUAGCUAGUAUAAGUCACGUAGCUCAUCUUACAAUUACCACGAAAACUGCUGAUUCUAACUGUGCUUAUAGAGCUUGCUAUUCUGAUGGUAAACUUGUUCCACCAAAACCUGGUGCCGCUGCUGAACCAAAAGCAUGCGCAGGUAACAUUGGUACACAGAUUACAGCGGAAGAUCUCUUUUAUAAUGUACCAACUCGUCGGAAAGCUUUGAAGAACCCAAGCGAAGAAUAUGCAAGGAUUCUUGAUGUGGUUAAUCGUUACGCUAUUCAUAAUGCAGGUGUUGGAUUUUCAUGUAAAAAGCAAGGAUCAACUCAAGCAGACGUGAAUACUUUGUCAACAGCAUCUACAUUAGACAACAUUCGGCAAAUAUACGGGAACGCGGCCUCUGAAUUAUUAGAGUUUGGGAAAUUUUUCAGAAAGCUCGAAUUCAGAGUGAAUGGAUACAUUUCUAAUCCCAAUUAUAAUUUAAAAAAAAUUGGAGCAGUAGAAAGUUCAUUGCUCAAAAAAACUAUUGAAAGUGUUUAUACAACUUAUUUGCCGAAAAAUACGCAUCCAUUCGUUUAUUUGAGUUUAGAGAUUAAUCCAGAAAAUGUUGAUGUUCGAUUUUUAAAUGAAGAAGAGAUUAUUACGGCAGUUGGAGAUGCAAUACAAGAACGCCUUGUUGGAGCUAAUAGUUCUAGAGUUUUUUUAACUCAAACUUUAUUACCUGGUGCCAAACCAAUAGAGACUAAUACAAAUGAGGCUGAAAGUUCAAUUAAAAAGUCUGCUCAGAAAUUAGACCGUUUUUGCGCUCCAAAUGAUUUAUCCAAUGCGAUGUCCCAGAACAAUACAGAUAAUGAAUUCAAUACAAGUGAAGAAUUGUUCUAUCAAUUAACUCUUCAAGAAUUUAGUAACUUCGGAUUUAUUCAAUUAUCUACUCCAGCCCCAAUAUAUGAUCUAAUCAUUUAUGCUUUGGAAUCAAAUGUUCAAGAGACAGAAAAUUUAAGACCAAAUCAUGAAAUUGCUCUGGUUGACUGGGAUACCGAAAUUGGAUGUUUUGAGACUUUGUCUCGUGAAUUUGGAUUAUUUUAUGCGCCUGAACCACCAGAUUUUUCUUUUCAAGAUGGUGGUGAUGAUUUAAUGGAUAUUGAUCCAGAUAAUGAACAUGAUGAGAUUGAUGGUAACGCAAAAAAACGAGAAAAAGAUAGCGCUGUAACAAAACAAAGUCAAAAGGCCGAAAUCGCAAGGUAUCGAUGGCAAAUUGAGCAUUUAAUUUUUCCAACUUUAAAGGGUCAGUUCAUAGCUCCCAAAAGCAUUGCUGAAAGUGGGCAUAUACUUCAGAUAGCAAAUUUACCUGAUUUAUAUCGUAUAUUUGAACGUUGUUAA